UAUAAUAGGUGUUCGAAGGACAAAUGGUGCACAAUCUGCUUCAGCACUUUUUCAUUCAUUGAGUUCUAUUUCGGAGAACAUAAAACAGGCAGAAAGGAUGGCGUAUGAUCUGAGUGAUCCGUUGGUGUUCAUUGGUUCUGAACUACGAAACUCAGUUCUCCAAGGGUUUAGGGCCCCUGCAAAAGACGCUGCAAACCCCAGGAACAUCAGUUUUACAGCCGAUGCCACUAUAACAAUAGCGUCAACAGGUUCAGCUGCUACAGCUUCAUACAACGAAUUAAAGGUGUUCGGUGGUACCAUCAAGGGGGCUAGUUUGGAUAACCUGAUACAAGAUCUUAGAAACCAGAAUUUGCGCGUAAAUCGUGACGGAUAUUGCUAUAUUCGUAUUCCUGGUACCCGCCUCUUAAGUGGGACACGGUUUCUAAGGCUAAAUGACUUGUUUCCUUGGGAUGAUUAUGUGGACGAUCUUACAACUUAUAAUCCUGAGCCUUCAUCCACCAUAUGGAAUCGCGUACGCUCCAAUAAUACGACUAAGAAGGUGGUGGACUACGAAAAGCUUGAUGCAGAUCUCAAGAAGGCGAACAACGACAAUGCUACAUUGAUUAAUGAAAACAACGAUCUGAAGACAAAGCUAAAGGGGAAUAAUGAUGCCGAUGUGAAUCUUAAGAAGGCCAAGGAUGAAAUUGAUAAUUUGAAUAUACAGGUAAGUGAUUUGAAUGAUGUAAUUAAUACAAUGCAGAAUAACUGGUACACAGCUGCUACUAUUCGAGCGAGGCCACUGCCGCCAAACACAUUCAAUGUGAUUAAAGUUAACCCUCGUGAUUAUCGCCUUGGUGAUAAUAGACCUCCGUCGAGCUUGCCUUGGAUGGGAGGGCAUACUAACCAAGUAUCAGAACCAGUUGAUGAUUUCAAUGAUUUUGUGCCGCGGUCAUAUGAUGUGUAUAUUAGUACUGAUUUACCUUAUGAUUUUGACAUAAACUUUUGGUGGGUUAUCCGGUUGGACAUGCCUUCUUCAGGCCCCUACGGCUACAUGAUGGCUUACUAUGUUGGUCGUCAUGACCGCCAUCGCCCUUCCAACUACUUUAAUGGAAUUGCUUCAACUUAUAGUUCCAAUGGGUUCUUAGACUUAGAUCGUAUUGGUUAUAAGUAUUGUUUCAUGUUAAGAGCGAGUUUAUCACCAUUACGUUAGAACUAGGAGGAAUAUAAUGUAACAAGUGAUCGGAUAAGAUCUUUCAAUCGUGUAUUAGAUAUACUUUUUAAGAAGUAAUUUACCGACUAUAUAACAGAGUUUCACUUAUACUUUUGAG